AUGGGUUCGCCAAUAUCCAGCCUGGUUGCAGAACUAGUCCUGCAGGAACUGGAAAAAGUCGCCUUCGACCACUAUGAAUCUGCAUUUUGGCGCCGGUACGUGGAUGACACGUUCGUCAUAAUUGAAAGGAGCAGACUGGCCGACUUCCAAGACCUGCUCAACGGCAUCUUCCCAGACAUCCAGUUCACAAGGGAAGAAGAGCAUGCCGAACAGCUGCCUUUCCUUGACGUUCUCGUCACACGCACACCCAACGGCGAACUCAACACCACGGUGUACAGAAAGGCGACUAACACGACUCAGAUUCUCAACUACCACAGCAACCACCCAAUGGCGCAUAAACGCAGCUGUGUUAGGACACUCUUCCAGAGGGUAAAAACGCACUGCAGUGAACCAGAGGGACGAGUACGAGAACUUCGGCAUCUUCGGGACCAACUGGCAAGGAAUGGAUACAGGAACAGCGUCGUCAGCCGCUGCCUCCGCACGCGCCCACGGCGAACAAACGGAGGAGAGCCACCAACACUCUGGCACCCUCUGCCAUAUAUAAAGAACGUAUCCGAAGCGAUGGAACGUAUCGCUGGAGAGCUCGGCGUGGGUAUCGCUCACCGUCCGACAGCGACCACGCGCAGCAAAAUCAUGCAAGUGAAGGAUCGCCUAGACGUGGGUUAA